AUGGCAACGCUGCAGAGUAUCUUUCCUGAGCAGGCUGAGUUUAGCUCGCCGGAGCGCCUUGCUAAUCACAUCAGUCUCAUGCGAAAACUCAAAGGUAUUGUACACUAUGCCCGCUACCCUGGCCGUGAUGCCUCACUCUUCCCCGCGCCACCAGCCGGGUGCAAUGGAGAGGAGCAGGCCGCUCAGUGGAGGCUGCAGUCCAUCUUGAUGAACGCCGAGGUGCGGUAUCCAAUGUACUUGAAGCUACUAGAGUCGCGCAUGCUUCAGUCCAGACGAAACCGUCGGCGACAGGAACCGGACCUAGUCGUGCCUCCAUGGGAUGUCGCCAUUGUCUUCUACGCACAUAUGCUCGCGCCGUUCAACUACAGGCGAGAUAUCAACCAGUUAUUUCCCAAGAUAUGGAAGGGGAGAGCAGAGUUUCCGAUCGCGCGGAUGCUGGCAUCCGAUCAUGACGAUGCUAGCGAGGCCGCAUGGAGCAGGAUGUAUCCAUCGACUCCGUACAGAGUUCUGACGCUCAACGACAAAGCUGUUUCGAUUUCUUCUUCCACAUACAAUGCUGUCGAUAUACGAUACUAUUGUUCCUCGGCAGCUUGCAAAGCCGAACCUGCGCGUGUCAUCAGAAUGGCGGACUGGGUCAAAUACCGAAUCGGGACGGCCGGCCUUGCCUGUCCAUCAUGCAGGACCGUACUCCCUAGAUCCAAGCGAGGAGCUAAAGACGCUGUUCUGCAGGACUCGCAAGGCAUAUUCGGCAUGCCGAUAUUUAAUCUCUGGGAUAGCCCCCUGCGCCAAUUCUGCAAAGAUGGUUUCGUCGACCGCGUUCUUGCCUUGCCGCCCCUCCCGUCAAACGCGGUGGAGCGCUACCUCCGAUUCUUGCAGCUUAUCAAGGAGACAGGGGAAACGUGCGCAGGAUAUGACGGCGAAACUCUGGGCCAUCAAAUAUGGAUUGAAUAUGAGCAGACGAUUGAGAAAAAGGCAGUGGAAUUGGAGCAAUUUGACAAGGACGUGUUGCGGAAAGACCUGCAGCAAUCAUUGGCACUUGCACAGGCCAAAGUGGACGAAGAGAUGAGGAAAUGGGCCACUGAAGAGGACAGUGCCAGCGCGAUGAAGGCACAGGUUCAACGAACACAGGCAGCGAUGCAGGGAAUCAGGCCAGCCAUUCGACUCUUCAGUGCCCGCUUUUAUCGCAAUGCACAGCGAAAGGAACUGAAACGCUUGGAGAGGCAGCUCUCUUCAGAGGAAAAGGAGUACCACGAUAGACACCAAGCGGAAGCGGUCCUCAAGAACGAACUGUAUAGCCACUGGAUGCCGCUGCUGAAUGAGUGCAAUGUUGCGCUGGCAGUGGAGGCGGACAAGAGGAGAACCCUGCAGCUGUUACUGGAGCGCGAGGUGAACGAGGCGGAAGCUCGCUGUUGGAAGAGGGAGGUGGAUGGCCAGCUGAAAGUCGAAAACUAUUAUGACGCUCAGUCGUGGUAUUCCAUCGUGCCGUCUGAGGUGACACGCUUUGUGGUUCCGGCCAGGAUGGAGGAUGCGGAGGAGGAGGAUGCGGAGGCGGAGGAUGCGGAGGAGAAGGAGGUGGAGGAGGAUGCGGUGGUGGAGGAUGCGGAGGAGGAUGCGGAGGAGGAGGAUGCGGAGGAGGAGGAUGCGGAGGAGGAGGAUGCGGUGGUGGAGGAUGUGGAGGGUGAGUAA